UUCGCCAACGAGAAAUCGAAGAAGAGCAGAAUAAAAAAUUCGGGAAAUUGAAGAGAAAAUCUUGGAAUUAAUUUGAUACACUCCGUUUUCACUGCGUAUUGAAUAUACGAAUUAAAAUGUCUACUUCCAUCUUAUUUCGAACACUUUCAGGACAAAUAAAAAAUUUGGGUCAUCGGAACACUGGAUGUGUCUGGACCCUAACCAGAAAUGCGCAUAAUAAGAGCAAUAGUCCUCUGGCUCAAUAUGGUGGAAGAUUUACAGUAACAAUGCUUCCAGGCGAUGGAAUUGGUCCAGAGAUGAUGAAUUAUGUCAAAGAAGUCUAUCGAUAUGCUGGAGUCCCUGUAGAUUUUGAAGAAAUUCGCUUUGACCCAAAUUCUGAAUCAGAGAUAGACUUUUUUGAUGCCAUUACUUCAAUCAAACGAAAUGGAGUUGCCAUCAAAGGAAAUAUUGAAACCAGAGAGAACAGACCAGGUCAAAUCUCACGCAAUGUGGAGUUAAGAAAUGAACUAGAUCUUUUCACAUACAUCAUGCAUUGCAAAUCUUUUCCUGGGAUUCAAACAAGGCACAAGGAUAUUGAUAUUUUCCUUAUCAGACAAAACACAGAAGGCGAGUAUGCUAUGUUAGAGCAUGAGAAUGCGCCUGGAGUUGUCGAAAGUUUGAAAAUCGUCACGCGCGCCAACUCCGAAAGACUCGCCCGUUAUGCCUUUGACCUUGCUAUAAAGGAAGGAAGAAAGAAGGUCACAACUGUACACAAAGCCAAUAUUAUGAAAGUCUCCGAUGGUCUUUUCUUAGAAACGUGUACAGCAGUCGCUAAAGAAUAUCCAAAUAUAGAGCAUAACAACAUGAUCAUCGAUAACUGUUGUAUGCAGAUGGUGGCCAAACCUCAACAGUUUGAUGUUAUGAUCAUGACCAAUCUUUAUGGAAAUAUUCUUUCGAAUCUCGCGUGCGGUCUCAUUGGUGGCCCCGGCCUGUUGAGUGGAAGAAACAUGGGUCCUAAGUAUGCUGUAUUUGAACCGGGCACCAGGAAUACUGGACAAUCCAUCGCUGGAAAGAAUAUUGCUAAUCCGAUUGCAAUGUUGAACGCUUCUGUUGAUCUUCUUGAUCAUCUUGGACUAGACCACCAUGCCCAAUUGAUUGGAAGUGCCAUAACUAAGACCAUAAAUGAAGACCACAUAUUUACCCCAGAUCUUCAUGGCCAAGCAACAAGUAUUGAUGUAGUUCAAAACGUGAUCCGUAACAUCCAGUACGAAACAAAAGCAAAGAACUGGGCUGCAAUGUAGAACGAAAGUUCCUUGAAACUAGUCGCAGUUGGCGCCCAUCAACAUCGGUGAAAUUUUUAGUCGACCUUCCAUUAGUAAUUCCUGUUGUGUUUUUGACAUGUGUAUUUGAGCUUCUGGCCGAAAAAGAAGCCAAUACAAAAAAAAUGAACAUAAUAAAGAUCGAAUAUCCUUU